AUGUAUCAUUGCAAACAGUCGAAAGACGUUCUUAAUCUCGACACGGUGGUCGAAUUACAACUUCGGUCAAAACAUAAAAUCUUCUUUUGUUCCGUACAAAGCCAAUUCAGAAGAAUAACACCUCCGCCAUCACUUUCGAACACGCCAAGUCGUAUACCUAUACGAACAACUGGUGUUGAGAAAAAAAUACGUGAACAGGAAAACAAUGCCGGUGAAACAACUACAAAAGAUGAAAGGGAAUUAAGUCCCUUGGAGUUGAGAGCAUUGAAGGCUCAAGAACGUUCGGCAUGGCGUCAAGCACGAAUGAAAUCCUUGGAACAAGAUGCACUACAAGCUCAAAAAAUGAUACAAAGUAUGAACGAAUUAGCUGAUGAUAUCCUUGAUUCCAAAAACGAGGUGGAAACAUGUCAGGAAAAGAUAAUUUCCUUGGAACUACAAGAUCCCAAUGAAAUGCAAAUCACACCUUCCGACGAGGAUAGUUCAUCAAUCAUUACGGUUCGCAGCAAUGCUGAAAAUGUAACAUUUACUGUUGAUGACGAAGCACUUAACACCCCAUCCAAAUUAAAUACGUUUAUGUUGCAACAUCACCAUUAUCAUCAUCAUCCAAAUACGGUUGGUACGGUGGGUUCGUCAACCAUGCAAACGAUUGUUGAAGUUGUGAAUCCAGUAAUUAGUGGCGAUGGUUCAGCAAAUAAAAUAGCGAUUGGCAGAUCAUCGGAUUGCCAGUAUUCGUCGUUAGACGACGGUGAUGACAAUGAUGCAGAUGACGCAGAUGGCAGACCCGAAUUAUCGCUGAACGAUAAGAUGAAAAAUGUGCUCCAAGAGCUGUUGGAGGAUGAUCGCGUCAAAAUGAAUUUGUCACGCAGCCUAACCGGCAAAGCCGUUGACAUUGAUGACGACGAAGAUUUGGAAGAGUUUAUUGAUCAGGAAAAUCGAACGACAAAUGGCAAUUUCAGGGAAUCAUUUUCCACUCAUUUAAUUACGUCGGAUGAAUUGGAUGCGAAUAAAAACGUUUGUACCGAUGAUAACACGGAUGGCGGUCCGGAUAAUGACGACGGUAAAAACUCCAAUUUAGAUGAUUGUCAUGUAUACAUAAAUCCGAGUGCUGAAGUUUACUUUAAUGAAACUUUUGCGCCGUCAAAUGAAAAAUUGAGCGAAGAAGAUGAAAAGUUAAAGGAAAAGUUAUUAUCGGAACUACAUGUUGACGAAAUGCGAACAGCGAAUAAUGAUGCAAACAAUCAGGAUGACGAAAGUUUGCAAGAAGUUUUGGAAACUGUUUUGACUGAGACUGGUAAAAGUACAAAUAAUAGUGGUAAAAAGAAGAAGAAGAAGGGGAAAAACAAGAAGAAAUAAUUUUCGUUUCUUCUCCAAGUAAAAAAAAAAACUUUCAUAACUACAACACUACCUAGCGUACGACAGAAUCUGAGUGCUCAGAGUUUCACAAACA